GGAAUAAACCUAUUACCUGUUCCUUUACUGUCCCAAAAUGUUGGGGUUUGUCAAAGUGCCAUGAAUUUCCUAGCCACUUCAAAGGUAUCUUUCAUAAUCUUCCCUUUACAGGCGUUACAGGAAGAUGAUGUAUUUUUUUUCCUGGAAGACUCAUUUCUAAAGCGUUGCUCCCACAGCUCACUCAGCUGUAGUGGGAAACGCCACGUCACCUCACUCCAUGAAGUUCUGAUAUUCAGAAUAGUGCAAAACACAACACACCUCCUAGCACAGUGAAUAGCACACUGACUGGCACACACACCAACACCAGCUGGACAGAGGAGCCAGGCACCAGCUAGGUCACAGACUGUGUGUGGAUGGGAUGGUGUGGGGGGAGUCCAGGUGCUAUCUGAGAACAUUUUUCUUCUCUGCUGCUCUCCACUGCCAGCUCUACACUCUAGAGACCUCUGAUAAGCAAAUGAACUCCACCACCCUCAGUGCUCUGGAAAUACAGAAGUUGAUACUGCAGAAUAAGCACUGUAAUUCAUGGCAAGAAAACUAAGCUUAUAUCAAACCCUACCAGGUUUCUCACCGUCAGUGAACUUUCUACAGUUGUUUCAUUUUUUACUUCAUACUCACUAUUAUCUCCUUUUACAGACCAUAUGUUAUUACAGUCUGUCCCCUAGAGCUUUUCUUAAAUGUAACAAAUGUGAAGACUCAUAAAAGACUUUGGUAGGGGGGGGUGCCAAAUUCGAAAAGUGGACCUCUCUGUUUUCGUUUUGCUUCCUUAUUCAGUCUAAUCAUCUGCUCAAGUACAUUUAUAUAUUUCUGCCCUCUUUCAGGUCUCGUGAUGGAAAGUUUAAAAAGAUUUUUAUAAUUCAGCUUACAGAACAUAUAACUCAGCAGCUCAAAAAUCUAAAGGAUAUAUUUGUCCCCCUUCUGUUGGGUAAAGCCAUUACGCCAAUUAAAUACGAAUGGAAAAUAUGUCGGCUUUUAUGCACUAAAAAUGUUCAGUCUUGAACUUCUGAGUCCUAAUGCCCACGUACAAUGACGGAGACACUAUUCAGUAAGAAGGUGCCGUCCUUCGGAUGAGAUGUAAGACGGGGGUCCUGACUCUCUGUGGUCAUUAAAAUCUCAGGGCGUUUCUUGAAAAGAGUAUUUUAGUAAUUAAGUAUUAAUUAAGAGUGCGAUGUCGUUUGACAAGUGUCUACAUGCCCUUAAAGUGUUUUGCAUCAAAGAACCGAUAGUGAAUCCUAUAUUUGUUUUUAAACAAAAAGGCUGUCCAACUACGUGCAUUAAUGUGCAUUGAUGGAGGAAAACCGUAUAAUUAUAAAGAGGAAACAUUUGAGGGUAAUUAAUUCUCCUAAACUUUAAGGACGACGACCUUAAAAGUCAGUCUCCCAUUUGUCUGGAUUUUGUACCGUAUGAAGUCCUCGAUCAGGUUCACAGACAGGUGUAGCCACCGAGCGAGUUCGCCUUGCCUUGUGGGAUGAGCUGUUAAACCGCAGUCCUCUCCCACUUGUGCAGACGCGAUGGGCUCUUCGGCGCUUCCUGCUCUUCUCGGUGCGUGGUAAAGCGGGGACACACGAGAUACAGCGGCGCUUCGCCCUUUCCAGGGGUAGCAAACCAUCGGUUCUGACAAUCCGGUUCGUCCAGGGCAGGCGGCGAUGGCUGGCUCCAGCGGUGAGGUUCUGUCCCUGCAGGAAUACAUCGCUUCCGUGGACGCGUCCACGCUGCCGCGCGUCCUGCAGGUCUGCUCCGGGGUUUAUUUUCAAGGGUCGGUGUACGAGCUGUCUGGGAGUGAGGUGUGCCUGUCCACGGGAGACCUGGUGAAGGUGAUCCACACUGAGCUCCUGUCAGUCAGCUGCCAGGACGUCAAGACGCAGGAAACAUUCGAACUGCCCGCCAGCCACUCAGGCCUUUUCAAACUUGUUCAAGAGCAAGUGAGCUACUCCUCAAUCGAGGAGAUUGUGGGAUUGAUGCCGAUCGGGGGAGAGAACAUCAGCCCUUUCACCUUCGCCACCUGCCAUGCGCUGGCCCUGGGGAAGUACACGCUCCACUCUGGGGAGAUGCUCACCUUCCUGUCCGAGGAGACCUGCAAGGGCCAGCCUCAUGCUCGCUGUCUGCUGCAAAACCAGGCGGGGUCGCCAGAGGUCUUGAUCCCAUUUUCCUGCCGCGGGGAGUUCUACCAGUACGUCAACAAUAACCAGUACAGCAUUUCGCAGAUACUGGCUUCCCCCCAGCUGCGCUGCCGUCGGUUCCUCCCCGUCAAGGCCAUGAACUGGAAUGGCUCGUCUGGAGGGCCCUUGAUUUUUACUCCUGUCCACCAGGUCCAGGCCAUCAUGCACUUGAGGAAAAACGUGGUGAAGUUCCCCUCCAACCUGGAAGUGGAUGUGACUGAUGUGACGGAGCAGUCCAAGGAUGUCACCUUCAUCUUGCCCCUGUCCCUGAAGGAGGUAUCAUCCCAGCCUGACCACGCAUUCCCAACUGUUGCCGAGAUCCUUGAAGAGCCCGAGAACCAGACGUUCUUCAAGUGCCACUGGAUGUCUGCACUACGAAAAGGCCAACAGCUCAUCGUGCACGGGCACCAGAAGUCCCAUAUGGUCCUGGCCUCCAGCCUCACAGGCAAAAAGGCCAAGCAGCACUUUUUCAUCUCUCAGAGCUAUGCCGGACGCCUACGCAGACGGCCCAGAGAGUUUGCCACCGUCUAUGACCUUUUUGUCGCCUCCAGCAAGCUUCCAGGUUUGCGCGUCAACGUGUCCAAGCAUUGCGAGUCCCCAGAAGAGGACCUGCCUUCCCUGAGUGUCGGGGAACAGUUGGAGGUGCUGUUCACCAAACAGAUGGAGCUGAACUGUGAUGGAGAGCAGCAAAUCAUUGACGUCCUGGUUUGCAACAGAUUUCUAGAUGAAGACGACGAGGAUGAGGAGGAGCAGGUCCAGGAACAGUAUGAGCAGAUCUGUCUGCCCAUGUAUCUGGAGGGCAACUUUGUGGAGAAGCUGAAGGACAACAAGAAGUACAGCCUAGUAGACAUCUAUAAGUCCUUCUGUCUGCCCCUGGAUGUCAAGGUGGCAGUGCGGGACCCUGGGCUAGAGAACGACCCGCUGGGCGGAUUCUCAGCCCUAAAGCUGGAGCAGACAACAGUUGAGCCCACAGUGCUGGCCAGCCUCCCUGACAGGCCAGAUGUUUGCUUCGAACUGCCCAGCCAAUGGCUCAACAUGUCCCUGUAUUUCACUGACAACCCCCUCCCCUGGCCGAAGGACCAGCCCCCUAAGCUGCGCAGGGAGACGGUGUUCGAGGUGACGGACAAUUUCUACUACGAGUUCCACAAGCUCAUCUCCAGUGAUAUGCCCCCGCCCCCUCGGCCUCCCAAGAGAAAGAAAUCAUCCAAACAUUCCCCGGCCUCUCCAUUCCCUCCUUCCUCAGUACAGCCAAAGGGCAAAGCUUUACCCACGCUGCCCUUAGAGGACUCUCUACCUCCACGGAUGGACAAGCUGACCAUCAGCCCUGAAACACAGAGCGACACUUCUCUGCAGAUCUUAGAUCACACUCCCCCUCUGUUGCCCAGAAAACCCAAACAAAGGAACACGAAGACACAGCCCAAUGAGUACGUCAUGAGACCUCACAAGGACAAAAAAAAGAAAGUGCCUGCAAGCCCUUCUGACAGCGACCAUGACUAUGAGACUGUGGACGACUCUAUGAAGGCGGCGCAGGAGAGCAUCCUGUUCUACUGACUGAUCCCCCGAGACACGCACCUCUGUGUCCAAAAGACCUGCAGCUACUUUCACACCAAAGGUGCAGCCCACAGGAACUCCUUUUAUACAUUUUAAAACCAAGUUGCACAUUAGCUAGAUUAGGACACCAAGCAGAGGGCUCACAUACACAGAGGAGCUUAAGACGUUGUUACAUGUCAGUACAGAACAUCAGUGCCUUCACUGCCCGUUUCCCUCAUCCCCAAACCCAAAAGAACUCAUAGUGGGAUCUUUGUGUCUGCCGAGAUAAGUGGAAGUUCCAAAAAAAGCUUUUUUUUAAAGGCAUCGGUUUUUGGAUUUUGUUAAUGUAACGCUGAUGUACUAUAUUUAAGUUCCUGUCUGUCUGCAUUUUUAACAAAUCCAGGUCUUGAAUGUUUUGAUGCAGUUAUUUUGGAGAAACACACUUUAAAACAUCCAUAGCAUUUUUGUCGUUGCUUCAGCCACCUUUUCUCUGGAGACACAUGGUACUGUAGUUCUUCUGUAAUAAAACACCAUAAUUUAGAAAAAAACUAUCAUGGAAGACCGGGGCAAAGGGUUCAUCGAUGCAUUUGUGGCAAAGGUUUUAUUUCUGCUGUUUCUGUGAAAAGAUUUCUGUUAUAUUAAAAAGUCAGAAUCCUAAGCAUAAUGUGGAUUUCUAGGAUUGAUGUAAUUUAAUAAAGCUUUUAGUGAAGUUUCUAAA